CAAUAUGCUUAUAUUUCUAAUGUUGAUACUACAAAUGAAAAAUUGUCAAAACUCAUUAAAGGCGGUCUUUCAAAUUUUGAUUGCACAAUGACAAAAUAUAUCACCUCAAAGGGCAAACGCAAUCUUGGUUCACACCAUAUUCUAUCAGCAAGUUCAUGUUUAACACAGGAAUAUAAAGCAGAGGUCAAAAGACUAAACGAUUAUUAUUCUCCAUUCGAAACGAAUAUGGAAAUGACUAGUGCAGAAAAAACACCAUAUAUGGUUGAAUGGUUGAUGAAAAUUCACAAACUUAUAAUAGAACAAAAUAUUCAUAAGGAUAAGAUAAACGAAAUGGUGGCGGAAAAUGAUGUAGAAAUGAGAGAUGGAUUGGAUUUAUUGGCUGAAAAAUGCAAAGUUGGAAACGUACCAUUCUUAAUAUUUUCAGCCGGGCUUGGCAAAACUGGAAUAUUCGAUCACUUCAAAGAACCAUUAAUUCAUACAUUUAAUAAAAGUGAAGUUAUGAUCAAAGAUAGCCUCUAUUAUAAUACAGUUAAGAAUCGAGGUAACAUCAUUUUAAUAGGUGAUUCUAUUGGCGACUUACAAAUGGCUAGUGGAAUCUCACAUGAUAUUUGUCUAUCAAUUGGUUUUUAUAACAAAAAUGACAACUUUUUUGAUAAAUAUCAAGAAAUGUUUGAUAUUGUAGUGACUGAUGAUGGACCAAUGAAUGUCAUAAAUUAUAUUAUGGACGCUAUUAUUAAAACAUAA